AUGCGCUCCCUCAAGCAGGACGCCGAACCCACUGCCACGUCGUAUGCGGCGGCGAUGGAGGUUUGCAGCAAGGCCGACCUCGCGAAGGUCGCGCUGGGCAUCUUCGACCUCAUGCUGGAAAGGGGAGUCGCCCGCGACCAGCACCUGAUUGACAGGCGCACCUCCGUCGCCUUCUUCAAGCUCGUGGUGCACCACCUCGGGGAGGAGCGCCUGCGCCAGGAGGGCCUCCGGCUCCUCAGCGCCAUGCGGGCGCACGGGCUGUCGCCCGCGGUCGGCGCCCAGGACUGCCUGAUCGUCGCGUGGAGGAGCAAGCUCCCCGAGGACGUCGUCGCGGUGGCGGACUUCGUCGAGAUGAGGGAGGCGGGUAUCGUGCUCAGCUGGACGGCGAUGCGCUGCGUGAUGUCGGCCUACCAGUGGUCCGACCCGGCUUUUACGCUGACGCUCUACGACGAGCUAACUGGGCGAGGAGUCCGGCCCGACCGCGUGCACUUCCACGCGGCGCUCACCGCCUACUGCGAGCUCGGCAAGAUGGACCAGGCCAUGCAGCUGCUCAAG